AAGAGACCACCUCAGAAAAGGCUGAUUUGAGGUAAAAACCCAGUGCAAAAACAAGAUGGGUCGACUGACUAUCUUGGCUGGACUCUCUCUUCUGAUAUGUCUUCAGACUGUAUCUUCAACAAAACUGGUGUGUUACUUUACCAACUGGUCCCAGUAUAGACCAGGUGUUGGUAAAUAUGUUCCCGAAAACGUGGAUCCCAACCUCUGCACACACGUGAUUUAUGCCUUCUCCAUAAUUAGCUCUUCAAACGAGCUGAUAACGUUUGAGUGGAACGAUGAGGUUCUUUAUAAAUCCUUCAACGCACUAAAGAACAGAAACCCUCAGCUGAAGACUCUGCUGGCUGUUGGUGGCUGGAACUUUGGGACGUCACAAUUUACAACCAUGGCUUCAACUCCUGCCAACCGCCAGGUGUUCAUCCAGUCUUCCAUCAAAUUUCUGAGACGGCACGGCUUCGAUGGGCUGGACUUGGACUGGGAGUACCCUGGAGCACGAGGAAGCCCGUUAGAAGACAAGAAGAGGUUCACGUUGCUCUGCCAGGAAUUACUUGCUGCUUUUGAAAAAGAGGCAGCAGAGACCAAAAGGCCACGGCUGCUGCUCACAGCUGCAGUGGCAGGUGGGAAGGGGAACAUUGACAAUGGUUAYGAGAUUGCCGAAGUAUCUAAGACUCUAGACUUUUUAAAUAUCAUGACCUAUGACUUCCAUGGAGCCUGGGAUCCAUUCACUGGACACAACAGCCCUCUUUUCAGAAGCUCUGUCGAUCAGGGAGAACACAUAUAUUUCAAUGUUGACUUUGCCAUGAAGUAUUGGAGAGAUCAGGGAGCUCCGGCCGAAAAGCUGUUAGUUGGUAUUCCCACGUAUGGACGCACAUUCCGCACAGUAUCAGCAACUCAAGGUCUUGGAGCACCAACCAGUGGACCAGCCUCUGCCGGGCCAUACACCAGAGAGGCUGGAUUUUGGUCCUACUAUGAGGUUUGCAAUUUCCUCAAUGGAGCCACUGUGCACUGGAUUGAUGAACAGAAGGUACCUUAUGCAGUCAAAGGCAAUGAGUGGGUGGGCUUCGACAACAGGAAGAGCUAUGAAAUCAAGGCGCAGUUUGUGAAGGAUAACAAAUUUGGAGGAGCAUUCAUCUGGUCUCUGGAUCUGGAUGAUUUUGAUGGACACUUCUGUGGUGAAGGAAGCUAUCCUCUCAUUGGUUAUCUGCGCUCUCUCCUUAAUUCAGAUUUUCCACCUCCUCCUGUAACCACACCUCCACCAGUCACCACAAGCCGCCCCGGUCCAGCUAGUCCCACGACUGCAGCCAGCACCAUCACCGGCCAAACUACCACCGCUGAUGCUUCUGGAAGKGGUUUCUGUUCUGGAAAGGCUGAUGGACUCUACAUAAACGAGAAGGAUAGCAGCUACUUCUAUCAGUGCUUCGAGGAAAAUACAUUCUUGCAGCAAUGCCCAACUCAUCUUGUUUUCAAUGAGAAAUGCCAAUGCUGUGACUGGCCCUAAAUAAAUAUCUUAUUUGUCAAAUUUAAA